ACAUAAACAAGUCAUUCUAAGUGAGAUUCGAACGGGUGAAAGAAACGUCAGUAUUUGAACAAGUGCGAGAAAAUAUCCGAAGCCGAAACGACUUUGAGAAUUUACACUUUCAUUGAUAAGCUUAACACCAUGCUGUCUUUGUUACAUUUCGAAAGACUUCACUUUCAAAAGACUGCCUUAUCAGCAAAACAUCGAAAAUGCUUAUUGUUAUGCAGAUCAGAGCAAUCUCUCUCUCUCGCAGUAAGACACAAAAGGCUAAAGCCCUACGUGCUUUGCGUAAGACAUCUUCGUGACCAUCGAUCAACACCUAAAAGAAGGAGAAAACAGUUUUAUAAAUAACCUCUAUCUCAAUAAUAAUUAACCGAUCAGAACUUGAGAAGUGACUUAUAAGAGGAAUUUUCAAAUCUUCAUAUGAAAAGAGCUGUAAUAUUAUGGCGUGAAUAUGUUUAUUAUGUCCUAAGUGUGCUGAAGACUUCUUGAUCUACUUGGAGCGAUGAGUUUCGAUACCUUUCGACAGGAUGGCUUGCCGACCUAUUACAACCCGAAUCAAACACCUGUCACCGAAGACGUUCUCGUUGUUGGAUUCGUAUUUGCUUUCGUCAUCAUCGCCUUCUCUUUCUUUAUUCUCAUCCCAGGGAUAAAAGGCUGGCAGCGAUUUUUUUUCUUCUGCCGGGUCACAAUAAGCCUCUUUAUUGGUGCGUCUGUAACGCUAUCGAAUUUCGGCCAAUCUUGGGAAAUUUCAUUUAUCAGUAAUGUCACAACGGCUUAUCGAGCUGGCAGGUCGGGGGAUAUGCAAGCAGAUAUCGGGGUUAAUAUUGGAUUGCGAGCGGUCAAUAUCACUCUUAAAGGAGUACCUGAAUUCCAAGAUGGUGAUUCGGCGGCCGCAGGAGAAAGAGUUAACUACAACGAACGGUUUCAUCUCGGUGGAUCGCAAGGGAGAACCGGAUUUGGAAGAUAUGCUGGACGAAUAAAUCGUGAUUUUCGUGAGGCCCAGUAUCGAGGGUUACCGUAUCCCAUUCUCUGGAUUGCCGAAUAUUUCGUCUUAGAUGGUGAAGAUAUCAGAUGGGGACGCUCUUAUCGAUUGGCGGGAUUCUAUGCAGCCCUCUUAAUCUGGCUAUCAUUUCCAUUGUGGCUGCUUACCAAUAUUCUCCUGACGAUGGGUACCCUAUCAGAAGGAUUCUCGAUGCUUCUCCUGACAGGUGGGUGCAUGCUUGGUGCUAACAUCAUGUAUGCAUCUAUCCGAUAUGGAUCACAACUCUUUAUCCCAUUCUCAGCUCAUCAUAUCUUGUAUUUCAGCUACGGUUGGUCGUUUUAUCUGUGCUUGGUGGCAGGUCUGGUAGCGGUGAUCCUGGCCAUAGGCUGUCACGUACUUCACAUUUUCUUUCCCGGUGAACUGGAAGAAUUUUUCGGGUUGAAGGAAGAGUUCAAUCAAAACGAUCUCGAGUUCCAUGUUAGACCAAGAUCGGCAAAAACAUUAAAGGAAAAUACUGUUAAACGUCUCGACAACAAUAUUAUAGUGAAGAGGUCGAGAAGGACCAGACGGAUGACAGUUUUCCGUGCAACAGCUCGACCCCAUGAUAAGGUGGCAUGGGAAUAAUUCCACAUUUUCGACAUCAUCGUCGUGAUCAAAGUCAACGACUACGUCAACACCGACCCCGUCGAUGUACUCGUAAAUGCAUGUAGUCAUCAAAACAACAAGACUUUCAUGCACACUUCCAAGUGAUCAUCUGUAAAUCAUCCAAAUCAUCUCAAUAGUGAAUGUCAAUGAUUUAAUUGCCGCUUGAGGAGAAUGACGGCCCCGAUAGAUCUGAAAUAAGUAUUAAACUUGCAAUAAGUAUGUGUGCGUGUGCGUGCUAUCACGCAUGAGGUAUAGCCAGGCCUCGGCAUUAAAUGUAAAUCCAUCCGAGUCCAUUGCUUUUAUUUUUUCACAAAGAUCUUCUAUUAGCUGGUGCAUGCUGCCUCUAUAUUUCUUAAUGAUUUAAUUUUAUAGAUAUUCUUUUGCUGUUUAAGUUAAAUAAGUAUGAUGUGGUUUUAAAUAAAUUAUAAUGCACCACACAAUUUUGUUUAUUAGCUUGCCUGGGGCCAUAACGGUCUUAGUUUGAAUGUGCAUAUUAAUAACAUAAUUCAACAAUAAAACAUAAAUUAAGAGUUUCAUAUACAUAAACAUGUUUGUAGAUAUUAAAAUCGAUGAAGUCAUCUUCAGAUGUUCGAUCUUUAAUUAUUAUAAGAUAUUUAUUGUAAGAAAGAUAAAAAAGAUUUUAGCUUUUUAUGUUUUAAAUAAAAUAUAUAAAUAUACUCUUCAAACUGUCAUAUGAUUAUUUUUGCUCUGUAUGGAGGUAACACUGUAGCAAAACGAACAAUGUCGAGUAUAAUGCAAUGAGCUAGAGUUGAGUGGGUUUAUUGAAAUGACAUCCCAUCGCUCCCAGAGGGAUAGAGAGGAGACGUUCUUUCAACACUAGAUGGCUUUGCUAAUACUUACCAAAGUCUAACCAAAGCCUAUCUUGCUCUUGAAUGAUUUAAGAAUUUAAUUACCUAUGCUGGUGGUAAGGCUAGGUACCAUAUAUUAUUUCAAAGAUAAAUCCAUUGACGUUUUCAAACGCAUGUACAAGAACAGUUACUUUAAAUCUGCAUGAUUAAAUUGCCAUAUAGGCAGGGGCGGAUCCAGGUUUUUUUGGAAAUGGGGGACACAUUUUGCCGAGGAGAAUUUUGACAAGCAUAAAAAAAAAAGGGUUUUAACCCCAAAAAUAGGGGUAUUUCGUCCACAAAAAAAAUUGACAAGCAAUAAAAAAGGAAUUUUACAAAAAAAUAGGGGUAUUUAUAGUUCAUAAAAAAAAAAUGACAAGCAAAAAAAAAAAAGUAUUCACUUUAUAAAGGGGGGGGGGGGCACACUUCUGUUUUAACUGCAUUUUUACAUUACAGAUCGUGCCUCUCAAGGGGGGGGGGGCACAGGCCGGCUGUGCCCCCUGGAUCUGCCAGUGCAUAUAGGCAUGAUAGAUUCCCUUUCUUUUUCUCUCCCUCUUCUAUCUUCAUACCCCCUCCCUUUCUCUGUCUGUUCUCAUACUUCCUCUUGUUCAGUUUUCUCUCUUCUUAUCUUCAUUUUUUUUCUGCUUCUGCCCUUCUCUUUUCCCCCUUUUUAACAGUUUUGCAUUUUAUCUUUACAUAUUUGUUGGUAUGGUAUACGGUGUGGUAUUUAUGAAAUCACGUAUCGCAUUUACAUUAUCUUAAUUGUAUAUACAUGGAUAAACAAUGCCUGUCUGAAAAGUUUAA